AUGUCAUCACAAAGCCAAGCAGACCUUGACAGGAUUCGGGAUAAUCAAAGGAGGUCUCGUGCUCGGCGUAAGGAGUACGUGAAGAGCCUUGAGGAACGCCUAGGGCUUUACAAGCGUCAGGGAGCUGAGGUUACGUUACAUAUCCAACGAGCCGCGCAAAGAGUAGCGGAACACAAUCAGAAAAUGAGAAUCCUUCUCAAUACUCUUGGGUUUGACGACGAGAAGAUAAACUGUUUUCUCCAAAACGGCAACAUCAAUCCUGGUGAAGCUAUAACCUCCGAUUUCCCAUCCCCAAGCAGACCCAUAUACGGCAAUCUUGAUGCUAAUAUUACCUCCUCAACAUACGACCAAGUGGAAUCAGAAGCCCUUUCUGCUAUCGUUAAUGAACACAUUCAAAUACGCGACGUGGCAAUCUUGGAUCAGAAUGCCACUGGCCUUGCAAGCACAGGAUACUUAUCAUCAUCAUCACAAACAUACUCACCCCAGGCUCAGGGUGAACUAUCGCAAUAUACACAAACCUUGAACCAACUGGUAAACAAACCCCUUAUUGACGCCAGCCAAUAUAACACAAGCUCUAGUCAUCAAGACGUCACCAUUUACGAGCAGUCUUUUGAGGCAGGCUACAUGGCAGAUCCGUAUUCAAAUCUAUCUCAUACUUCAAGGAAACCCAUCGGCUCUGCUGUAGUCGACGCUCUACUUCCUGCUACUUUACAACACAGCCAGACACAUUUGGACUAUAUUUCCCCUGUACACUACGGCGCGAACAAUAGUGAUGAUGCAAGCUGUUUACCAUUGACCUCAAAUAUGUCCUCCAGCCCGCAUGGCAGAAGUUUGUCUUUUUGA